AUGUGGUGGCCACGGCACGCGUCGUACGGCUCCCGGCGUACCGGUACCGCAACCUUAACUCUGCUUGCUGUCGUCGCCACUGUUGCUGUUGCAGCAGCAGCAGCCGACAGCCGGCUCGGCACGGCGCCGUACACGUCCGUCCCGCUGUACCGCACCGGGAUGGGGAGCAACGUCGUGUCUCUGGGCGUUGGGACGCCGCCGCAGCGGCUCAACGUAACGCUGACCCCCAACGUCGAGUACUUUAUGGUUGCGCUCGAAAGCUGCGUACAGCCCGAGUGCGUCGACGACGCUGCAGGGCCGACAAUAGAGUACACGCCAAGCGCGACCUGGAGCCUGGGCGACGCGCUCGACCUCACCGGGCUCGUAACGUCUGAUGUCCUCUCCGCGCCGGUCGACAAGCGCUGCCCGAUCGUCAAGAUCGAGGCGAGUCGCUCGACGGCCGGAACAGCGAGCCUCCCGCCCGGAUCGAGCGGGUUCUUGGGUCUCGGCAUACACCUAGCCAACCCCGAGCUCUCCGUCCUCCCCUCGCUCCUCGGAAUCUCCCCCUACUCCAGCGUGACCGUCGGGAUCGACAUGGCGGACGUCUGGAGCGCCAACGCAGGUGUCGUGCACUGGGGCGACGUGCCGAACGGUGUCUUCGUCGGCAGCUUUACCUGGCUCCCCGUCAACCUCACCACCGGGUGGUCGUUUGUGAUGGAUUCCGUCACCGUCGGUGCGGUGACGGUCGCCGGCGGCGGGUACAUCGCCACAGUCGACCCCGGUAUCGACACGAUCGUCAUGCCUUCCAUGCUGGCGGACAAGAUGUUCCAAGGUGUCGAGGGUGCAUCGAGGUCCACCUAUGACGCGACGAUAUGGAACGUCCCGUGCUCUGCCACACUAUCCAUGAACGUCAAAGUCGCCGGCACGGUAUACAACGUGGAACCGCGCGGCCUUGUGGACCAAGCCGGAUUGGGGUGCACGGCCAACAUCCGCUCCUGGCACACCGGGUCGAUCCCCGACCUCGCCGGCGAGAUUCGCCUCGGCGCGGCCUUCCUCAGCAGCGUGUACUCCGCUCUGUACUACUCCACCAACGAGCAGUACAUCGGCCUGGCGCGGAAGGUGACCUCGAGUAGUGCAAGUAGCAAAGGCCGCCUCGCCGGUAUUAUCCUCGGUGUGCUCUUCGGCGUCCUCCUCUUGGUUUGCUUCGCUUUAUUCAUGAGGAACCGACUCUCCCCAGAAUCAGUUGCCCGCCGCGCAGCCUUGGCACAAGAGAAGGCCCAGAUGGACCAGGUGGACGGUUUCGUCCACCGCCAGGCUGUGACUGCGCAGGAGCACAUGUACCCCCAGGCGCGACGUUCCCAUGAACGGCCAUCCGAAACGCAGAUGUUUGCUCAGGCGCACACCUCUACGACAACUUCGGGACUGGCUUCCCCGGCCGGAACCCAGGCGGAGACGUCCCCCGCGGCCCAAGCGGGCCUCGUCCAGCACACACCCACGCUCGAGUCAAUCCCCAUGGCGCGCUCUUCGCCAAUGUACUACACCCCGACGACGACGUACGUGCCCACCGCGGUCUCACCACAGCCACCGAUGAUGAUGUCGCGGGCGGUGGCGGUGCCGACGGCGUCUGCCAUGGUACCGGCGGCGCCUACAACACCAGUGGUUGUGUCGCGUGCGGCGUACCCAGUGCCGCUGCUGCCGCCACAACCCGCGGCGCCACAAGCGUGGAUCCCGCAGACUAGUCUGGGAGCGGCGUACCCUGCGACGACCUACGUUCCCGCGGCGGGCUACUACGCUGCGCCAGUCGUCAUGGCACCGUACGUGCGACGAUUCUGA